GUUUUACCUGUUACUAGCUUUUAUACCCAGGCUAUCAUUUCAAAAAACACAAAUCUGCACUUCCUACUUUAGAUAUGUUUCAUUUAUAUUUCUCUGGUUUAUAGAACAACACAAUUUUUAUGCAACACAUUUGAUUUUAGAAAUGUUGGUUCAUGGACUUGGGCACUGGGGUUCUGAAGACCCUUAUAGCUAUCUACAAUAUCAUGAGUCUACAGUCAGCAAAAUGGACUUUCAAGCAUACCCCAGAAAUAUGGGGAAUAAAAGUUCCCAUGCAUUAAAGUUGCAACAACAUUUAUACGAUCAGAUGUCAUCUCAAACUGAAUUCUGUGAUGUCAUCCUGAUGGUUGGCGAUAUUGAAGUCAAGGCCCACUGGAAUGUAUUGGUAUCCUGUCCCUACUUUCAGUCCUUAUAUGAUAGUGGGAUGGAUGAAAAAGUAUCAGGUAAAGUGAUACUGCAUAUAGGGAAAUUAGCAGCUAUUAGGUCAGCUAUAGCCUUUCUAUAUGUUGGAACGGUAGAAAUUUCAUAUGAAAAUGUAAGGGAUUUACUAGAAGUGGCAGAAUACUUCCAAAUAAGUGAUUUGAAACAAGCAUGUCGUGAUUACCUCUUCAGUGUGGAGGUCACAGUUGACAACUGUGUUCAAAUAUGUCUGCUGUGCAGUCAGUAUGACCUUGACAUUUAUAACAAAACUUAUGACUUUCUCAGGGGACAUUUACCUGAGGUCAUGAAGAAAGAUGACAUUCUAACACUUACCCAUGAUUCCAUUCUGGCAUUUAUUAUGGAUCAGACCUUAUCAUACAUUCCCCAAGAAGAAUUCUUUAAUUUUAUAAUCAGAUGGGUAAAACAUGAUGAGGCAAAUAGACUUCAUUGUUUCAGUGAAUUGUUUUGUGCGUUAGAUCUGAUACAAAUGUCUAAACAAGUGUUAGAAACAAUUCUUGAGAAAAACAAUUUGGUUAGCAGACAUGAAGACUGUAAAGCUCACAUCCUACGAGCUAAAUUGUCGAAAGACUUGGCGUACCAAGAAACUGGACAGCGCGAUGUUAUACUCGUAGCAGGUGGUUGUAGUCACAGUGUGUAUGUUAAUAACUUUUUCCAUCAUUUUUCAUCGAUCAUCAAUUCGAUAGCUGUUAGUAAUAUCUAUGGAUAUGUGAUUCAGGACCAAAGAUGGACGGAAAUAGCUCCCCUACCUCAUCAGAUGAGAAGGCCAUUGUUAACUUACGAUAAUUCAGGACAUUUGUACGUAUUUGACACAGAGCACACACAUGACAGUACAAUGUUUUACAUUUACAAGUUCAGAAUUAGUGACAAGAGUUGGACAAGUUUCAAAAUCAAUGUACCAGAGGCUUAUUUGAAUGCCUCACUUCAGAAAAUCGUAGCAUGUAACAACAGAUUGUAUGCUGUUAUUUCGAGUCAGCAGGCUGUACUUUUGGAAGUGAAAGAAGAUGGAAAUGAAAGUGAAAUAAAAUGUCAGUUGUUCCACAGCAAUCCUUCAACUCAGGUUAGCGUUCAUGUGUUUAAUAACUCCCACAUAUGUGUAUUGGCAUGGAAGCAUGGCAUAAAGGUAAAGAAAAGUCGUCAUUAUGCCAAAUUUAUUGUUUACGAUGUGCGAAGUCAAAGAAGAUUUGAUCAUUCGAAGGGUUCAAUAUUUGAAACCCAUAUGUUUUCCAUUGGAAAUGACAUCACUGUUUGUAGAAUGGGAAAGUUUCAUGCUAGGAGGUUUAAUCUAAAUGACAGAAGAUGGAAACCUAUAGCUGAUCAAGUCCUACCAUUCCCACCAGAAGACCCAGCAAGGACAGAUUUCGCAAGCAUUUCUGACGGAAACGAUUUUUUCCUAUUUGGCGGAAAAGACCAAUCCACGAAAAAACCUUUGGAAACAGCAUACAAAUAUACAUAUAGAACAAAAUCAUGGACAAAAUUAGAAGAUAUGCCUCAAGCUUUAAUGCAAAGUGCUAUUUGUAUUGCCAAGUUUCCAGUGACUGAUGUACGGUGCCAUAUAAAGUGUCCACAUUGUUUGUACCAUUCCCGACGUAGUCAGGCUUUGUACAAUGUUGAGUAUCCUCCCGAUGAGGAUGAGUGUACCGAUUACUCAAAUGACGAUGACUACCUCUCUGAUCAUUGGGUCGAUUACUAUGAUGAUUAUGAAGCUUUUGAUGAUCCUUUCGAACACUACUGGUAUUGAAUGUUGUCACUUUUAUAUCAUGUAUAUGUUGAACAUUAAAAAAUGAUUAAAAUCUAAACCUAUUGGCAAAAGUGUAAAUUACGCUUGUUUUCAAAAAAAGGCUCAUUCUUUUGUUGUCAUCGAUAUCGUUGUUAAUGUUAAGUCUGAAAUUUUCUUUGUUUCGUUUAAACUGUAAAUUGUGAUAUUGAAAAAUCUAAUUGUGGAGAACAUAUAAAAAAAGAAAUUUGCUUUGACUUGUUUCAAAACUGUCCAUGAAAAACUUAAAACCAAUGAACAUUAUAUCUGAAAAGUACAGUUUAUUUAAAAUUUAAAAAAAAGAUUGCACAACAUGGGCAAUUUAAAAAUCUGGGAAAAGUGUAACAAUCUCCUUUUCAAAAGUCUAAAAAUUGUUACAUGUAAUUAGAAUUACUACAUACAUGACAUAGAAUAUAAACGAUUUCCCACAUGUUAAAAGGGUAUAAUCUAAUUAAGUCACUUCAAUUUUGCAAUAUAAAGUAAUAGUUUCUCUAAAGUCUGGGUGUAACCUUUUGUAAUUGCUAUACUACAUGUAUACUUUAUCUGUUUCUGUUUGAAAUUCUACAGCUACCAGAAUCAGUAUUUUAGUAAUUAGUAAUUAUACGUAAUUAUAGUUUCAUUUUAUAUCAAUAUUUUGAUGAAGGACAUCUAUUUAUAUAUAUUUAUUUAUGGUGCAGCAGUACACAUUUAUAGAACAGAUAUUGCAUUUAUCAUG